CGCCUGUAACUCUCCCAUCGCACUCUUUCUCUUCCCUAACAACUCUCUUCUAGCUGUGCAGCGCCCGUCUGUCUCGCAGUCUACACUUUGACACUGCUCAGUCCUUCUUUUGUUUUCCAAGUAGUGAAUCGAUAGAUUCUACGACUUUCCUAAGCGACUUUCAUCAUGUCUAUCGAACUCCAUCCUCCGGAGCUCGGCUUCCGACGCCCAUUUACGAGAGAGGUCGCGCAGGUCUUACGCCUCAUCAACAACAAUCCAGAGCCUGUCGCUUUUAAGGUUAAAACUACUGCGCCCAAACAAUACUGUGUCAGGCCGAACUCUGGACGCAUAGAAUCUGGGAAGGAGGUCGAGGUUCAAGUUCUGCUCCAAGCCAUGAAAGAGGAUCCCCCGGCGGAUGCUAGGUGCCGAGACAAAUUCCUCGUACAGUCAGUGGCUGUCAGCGCUGAUCAGGAAUUCUCCAAUGUAGCCGCAAUCUGGGCACAUGUGGAAAAGACUUCGAAAUCAUCUAUCCAGGAGAGGAAGAUUAGGGUCGUCUUUCUCCCGGCAGAGUCUGAGACCCCGAACGGUGCUUCUGGCGCGGAUGCAGGAGCAUCGAGCCCGCCCGCUUAUCGGUCUGUUUAUUCUGAGCAAAGCCCUUCAAGCUCUAACGCCACUGCCCCUGUUGGUCCGGUAUCCAAGCCCGAGUCUCGUCCUGAGGACAGCAAGGACCUGGGCCACAUUGUCAACACUGCCAAUAAUCCGGAAACCUUUGAGCGAGCCUCGACUUCUAGCGGCAAUGCUGACUCUCAACUCGCGGAUGCGCAUGCGACCAUUUCUGGCUUACAGAGACAGCUGGAGGAAUCGGGCUUGCGACAGAGGAAGAGCACCACCACACCCCAAAAUUUCAAACAAGGCUCUACCGCUAGCGCCGGCGUCCAACAGCAACAAGCCGCAGCAAGCGGAGUGCCCGUCCAGAUUGUGGCCGCGCUGUGCCUUAUAAGUUUCCUGCUUGCGUACUUUUUCUUCUAGGGGUCGCCAGGAAGAAUUCAAUGCAAGAGGAGACUCUGGUCGACUACUUCGUCUUCAUACUGCGCCAAUUAGCGUCUUUCUUACGAUAAGCUGAGCAAGGUGGUCUACUAUUAAGACUUGAUGCAGGCCCUGUCCGGUAAACGUCGGGUGAAACUCAAGGUUAUGGGUCCUAAUGUUCUGACACCCUUCAUAUUUGUCUUCUCUUUUCAGGAGCCUUUGUUAUUCCCUAUUUCUGCGCCACAGUUGUGUUGUCCGUUUGAGCACAUGAAUUAUAAGCUCCUCGCUUUUUUUUUCCUCAUUUACUAAUGGUUUUUUCAUGGUCUGUUAUUCCUGCUACAAUGCCCUGAAGCGCUUACGUUUCUGUAAAUUUAUGCUCUUAGAACAUGAAUUUAAAUCAGACAUAUCCUUUUCCAAUGACGUUUUCUCA